AUGGCUUCAUCGCAUAUCCGCCGCUCUCUGCAGCUGGUAGAGUCUACAAAGUUUGCCAAAGUUACAUCCAGAUUAACUUCCCGACCCCCCACCCAGCACAUCCUCGCCCGCACCAGAUCAAUCACCACCACCUCCCCUCACAGAUCCCUCACCACCAACAACAACCAAGCAGCCCGGACAGCUCCCAAACCUCCCGUCCCGUCUACACCAACCGCACCAGCAAAACCAUCCCCCCCCUCGCCCACCGCUGCAACCACAACCGACGACCGCACCCGCCGCAUCCUCGCCCCGACACCCACCCACCAAACCACCUCCAACAUCUCCAAAACCGGCCUUUCGGACGCCCCCCUCUCACCGGACUCCCCUCCCGAAGAAAAAAUCGACUGGACGCGCUCCUUCCACGGGCUCUCCGCCGCGCCGUUCCCCAAGGAAGUAGCCGACAUCCUGCUGGCGGAGGUCGACCCGGAGGAAGUCGAGAUCAAGCCCGAUGGCAUCCUGUACCUCCCCGAGAUCAAGUACCGACGGAUUCUGAACCGGGCGUUCGGGCCAGGCGGGUGGGGGCUCGUGCCCCGGAGCGAGAGUAUCGUUACGCCACGCACCGUGACGAGGGAGUACGCGCUGGUUUGUAAUGGGCGGCUAGUCUCUGUCGCGCGGGGCGAGCAGGAUUACUUCACGCCUGAUGGGAUCCCGACGGCGACGGAGGGGUGUCGGUCGAAUGCGCUUGUGCGCUGCUGCAAGGAUCUGGGGAUUGCGAGCGAGUUGUGGGAUCCGCGGUGGAUUCGCAAGUUCAAGGCGCAGUAUACGCGGGAGGCGUUUGUGGAGCAUGUUGUUAACAAGAAGCGGACGAAAAUCUGGGUGCGCAAGGAUGAUCCGGUGUCGUAUCCGUGGAAGGAGACUAAGUAA